AUGUUAGUUUUGCAAUUUCAGUGGUACUUUCCAAAAGUUUAUGCUGCUGGCAGAAGUAUAACGUGUAGAUCAUUCGAUGAGUUGAACUUAGGAAAAUGGCUCUGCAGUCAGUUAAAAGAGUUGUCCGUUACUUCACCAACCCCUGUACAGGCGCACUGCAUUCCUCAUGUUUUAUCCGGAAUGGACGUAAUAGGGUGUUCUAAAACUGGAACUGGUAAAACAUUGGCUUUCACACUUCCAAUCCUCCACCAAUUGGCCAUUGAUCCCUACGGAAUAUUCGCAUUGGUUAUAACUCCCACUCGUGAACUUGCUUUUCAAAUUGGGGACCAGUUCAAUGCUUUGGGAAUAUCAAUUGGUUUAAAAACUGCCGUAAUCGUUGGAGGUCGAGAUCAUGUUGCUCAAGCUAACGAGCUUGCAAGUGAUCCAGAAGGAGUUGGAUUGUUACUUUCCAAGAUCAAGUUCCUUGUACUUGAUGAAGCCGACCGCAUUCUUGAAGGCCAAUACGCCAACUCGCUGAAGAGCAUACUCCGCGUUUUGCCUAAUAAACGUCAAACGUUGCUUUUUAGCGCCACUAUAACAUCGGCAUUGUCACAUCUCCACCAAGUUUCGAUGAGGAAACCUUACUUUUUCAAAGACAAAGAGGAAGUGGCAACAGUUGAACGUUUGGAUCAGAAGUAUGUACUAUGCCCCUCUGCUGUAAAAGAUGCUUACCUUGUUUAUGUCGUAAAGGUUUUUCACGAAAGGCAUCUGAACAGUUCUAUCCUCAUAUUUUCCCAUACUUGUAAAGAAUGUCAAGCGCUUGCGAUGAUGUUCAGUGGACUUGGUUUUGAAGUUGGUUCCCUCCACUCUCAAAUUCUGCAGAAACAUCGGUUAUCAGCGCUAUCAAAGUUCCGGUCCGGUAGGAUCCGAAUUUUAAUUUGUACCGAUGUAGCCGCGAGAGGCCUUGACAUCCAACAUGUCGAUCUUGUUAUAAACCAUAACGUCCCUAGAGACCCAAAAAUUUACAUUCACCGAGUAGGAAGAUCUGCCCGAGCAGGAAGGUUUGGUGGCGCAGUUACAUUUGUCACGCAGUACGACGUGACGUUAUUACAAGAAAUUGAGAAGCUUAUUGGCAGAAAGCUAGAACAACUCACUGUCAGCGAUAAAAAAGUAAAGCAGUAUGUGACCCAAGUUUUGGUUACAAAAAGGGAAGCAGAAAUCAAGCUGGAACAACAAAAUUUUGGCGAACGGAAGGAAAUUAAUAGGAGGAAGGAAAUGAUAUUGUCUGGCGUAGACCCGGAACAGGCUGCAGAGGAACUGAAAGAAGAGAGGACCAAAAGCUUUGACUGUGUAACAUGCUGGAAGACGCCGUGGCGAAAGGAGAACUUGUUUAGGCAGGCGAUUUACAAGAAACGACGGGCCAUUCCCCCAAAAACAAAGCGUCAGAAACUUAGUAGCACGGUCCAACCGGAACCCUAA